UGUCAAGUUUGACAAGCAAAUGGCAUCUGUGCAAAGGGCGUUUGCCCAAAAACUUUCAAAACAACAUGCAGCGGAUGUCCGGCGAAAUGUUUCUGGCCAAAAUACAUUUAAACCAGCUUCAAUAUCUGGAUGUUCGUCUUCUAUAUCAUUAAAUGAUCUAGCCGAACCAUUAGAUUACGAAGAUUUUUUAUCAUCACAUCAAUUAAUUAUUGAACGUGAUCCUUUACGUCGUAUGCUUGACUUUCCUCAUAAUGAUGUUGAAGUGUGUACAGUGCGACGGAAAAUACGUACUUUAUCACAUAUUGUACCCGAAGAAGAUAUAUUAGAAUUACCACCAAGGGUACAAGCAUGCAUACGAUGCUAUACAAGCGAUUGGCGUAUUGUACGCUACUGUUAUCGUCAAUACAGUAGCUCAAGUGGACAUGCUAUUCGUCAGAAUUCUCGUCUGACGUUACUACAUUCAAUUCCACGACAAGAGUUUGAGAUUGAUAAUCAGAAUACUGAUACUGUUUCAACUGUUGACAACAGCUUUAAGUUUGAUUGUGAAACUCCAACACCAUCAUCUUCGUCAUCAUCAACAACAACACUAGGUGGUGCAGGAAGUGGAGGUGGAGGCCGCCAAUCAGUGGUAUCUAACUCAUCUUCAUCAUGUGCAACAGAUACAACACUAACACCACGUAAUUCGUGGGCCAGUUUUGAUUUACGAAAUAGCUCUAGUGAUCCAUUAUUAGUUGAAUUAUUUGAUCGUACGGCACCAGAACAAUUGGAUCAGUUAAAUGAAGCACGUCGUCAAGAAUGCCGUCAAGAAUAUCUAUUUAAUUUAUAUUCUAUUAAUAAUGAUACUAAUAAUGAUUUUAUUACAACAAUACAAUCAUCGACAUCAUCUACUUCAUCAACAGGAUGUACAAGUUCAGCAAAUAAUAUCGAACGUCGUAUACAAGCUGAUGUUCCUGUAGAACAUCAAGGGCAUCGUAUUUUGGUUAAAUGUUUAAUGUUAAAAUUUGAGAUCGAAGUUGAACCAAUAUUUGCAUCAAUGGCAUUAUAUGAUGCAAAAGAUAAAAAGAAAUUAUCAGAGAAUUUUUAUUUUGAUAUGAAUACGGAACAAAUCAAACGGAUGUUAGGUGGUCAUAUUCCGUAUAGUGAUGUCAGUACUAUGAGUCGUUCGGCCAUCUUUAAUAUUACCAAUCCAUUAUCUGAUAUUUUUAUUGUUAUCAAAUUAGAAAAAGUACUGCAAGGUGAUAUUAAUGAAUGUAUUGAACCAUAUUUAAAAGAUGACAAUAAAAAUCGUGACAAAAUUAAAUCAAAUGCUGUGUCAAUGUGCGAACGUUUAGGAAAAUAUCGUCAACCAUUUGCUUGGACAGCAAUUUCUUUAAUAAAUGUAAUAACCGGUGUUAAUUCGCUAGAACGUGACUCAACCACAACAACCUCUUCAUCUUCGGGCACACUUAGUGAUCGUGAUAGUAACAGUACAUUUUCAUUUAUAUCAUCUGGUACCAAUAGUUUAGAACGUAAAACAUCUCUAUCGCAAACUUCAUCGACAUCAUCGCCCGGAGAUCGAUCAAGUGGUGGCGGUCUCACAGAACAAUUAAGACGUCGUGCCACAGAUGUGGGUGGUUCAUUAACACGCCGUGGGUCAUUAGAACGUCAUCAGCGACAGCAAGAUCAAAUACCGAAUUAUACGAGCGAAUAUUUAGCACAACAAUUAGAUUCAUUUCGUCCAAUCACUAUUACUGUUUCAAGCUUUUUUAAACAAGAAAAUGAUCGUUUACGUGACGAAGAUUUAUAUAAAUUUUUACAAGAAUUAAAACGUCCAUGCGCUGUUAUGAAAAAAUUAAAAUGUAUACCGGGUAUUUUAAAAUUAGAUAUUGCACCAUGUCCAGAAGAAGUCAAAUGUGCAUUAACACCGGAAUUACAUCGUUUAAAUCCAUAUCCAGAUGAAAAAUGUCGACCAAUUAAGGAAAUUUUAGAAUUUCCAUUACGCGAAAUAUUAGUACCACAUUAUAAUUAUAGAAAUUUAUUAUAUAUCAACCCAAAAGAAUUAAAUUUCUCAAAUCGAGCAGGAUCAGCACGAAAUAUUGCUGUACGCGUACAAUUAAUGUGUGGUGAAAACCCAGAAAGUGCAAUGGAAAGUAUUUUUGGUAAAUCGUCAUGUCCAGAAUUUACGAAUGAAGCAUACACAUCAAUUAGCUAUCAUAACAAAUGUCCAGUAUUUUAUGAUGAAAUCAAAAUGAAACUACCAGCAUUAUUAAAAGAUAAUCAUCAUAUUUUAUUUACAAUGUAUCACAUUUCAUGUCAACGUAAAGCUAAUUUGAAUUCAGCAGCCACAACAAUUACCAUCGAUCAACAAUCGAAUAAUGUGGAUACACCAGUUGGUUAUACUUGGUUACCAAUUUUACGUGAUGGGCAAUUGAUUAAAAAUGGUGAAUAUUGUUUACCCGUAAUGUUAGAGCCACCACCAUCAAAUUAUAGUUACAUACCGUCAGAUGUAUGGUUACCAGGUACAAAAUGGUUAGACAAUCAUAAAAGUGUAUUUACGAUCAAUAUUAAUAUACAAUCUACAAUACAUACACAAGAUCAAUAUUUAGAACACUUCUUGACAACGUUGGAUUUAUUUGAACAAGGUUCAAUGCAUAAUCAUCAUCGGUAUUAUAAUGAUCAUCAAACUAAUACAGGUACAAAUGUUGGCAACAAUGUAACCGGAAAUGCAAUUGAAAUCGAAAUAAAACAAUCAAUCAAACAAUUAUAUUUAACACAAACAAAUAUAUUAAUAAAAUUUUUACCAAUUGUUUUUGAUAUAUUAAUACGUUUAUUAAUUAAACCAUUAACAAUAACAGCAAACAUUCAACAACAACAGCAACAACAACAAUCAUUAAAUGUAUCAACAAUUGUAUUUGAAACAUUAUGUCAUUUAAUUAAUAACAUUAAUAAUUAUAAUUACAAUGAUUAUGAACAAUGUGAAAUUGAUAAUGAACAACAACAACAAUAUUAUCAACAUAAUCAGCAACAACAUGAUCAUCAUUAUGGUAGAAAUCCAUUGUUGAUAUCGUAUAUUAAUUAUCAAUGUAAUAUACCGCAUCCAUUAAAAACGACUACAACAAGUUCUCCAAGUAAGACAAAUGCAAUGACAAGAAGUAAUAGUAAUCCGGAUUUAUCAAUUGAAAUUAAUAAACAUUUGUUUGAAUUGCAACAGCAGCAACAACAAGGUAACAUCAAUCGUGGUGCACGUACGUUAGAUAGAACAUCAAGUAUGCGUACACCAACAACAACAGCACCAAAUAAUCAAUCAACGGGCGAUGAUGUAACAAUAUAUAAACGUUUACAUGAAGAACUUGUAUUACAAUGGGUUGUAUCUAGUGGACAAACAAAAGAUUUAGCGAUGUCAAAUUCUUGGAUUUUAUUUGAAUUAAUUAUAAAAUCAAUGGGUGAACAUUUAUCAUACACACAAUCAUUAGAUUUACAACGUAAAUUACGUUUUACAGAACAAUUUACAGAUGAUAUUACAACAUUAAUACAUACAAUUACAUCUGAGAUUAUAUCAAAAUUAACAACAUGUCAAACAAAUCAACAGUUAAAUCAACAACAAUAUCGUUUAGCAUACACGUUGAAUUGUUCAUUAGCAUUCUUUUUAUUUGAUUUGUUAUCAUUAAUGGAUCGUGGUUUUGUAUUGAAUUUAAUACGCACGUAUUGCAAACAAAUUAUUGCAAAAAUUACGUCAUUACCAGAUAUUGCUUAUCAUUUAAUUGAUUUUAAGAUUGACUUUUUACGAAUAAUAUGCUCACAUGAACAUUAUAUACCAAUAAAUUUACCAUUUGGUACACCAUAUACACAAUUAACAUCGGCACCCGUGUCACCAAAUCCAUCGAUAGCAUCAUCCAUAAGUCAAACAUCAUUUAUAUCAAAUUUAACUGGUAGUGGUGGUAAUUUACAUAAUGAACAACGUUGUAAUUUUAGUGAAUUAUCGGUUGAUUAUCGACAACAACACUUUUUAAUUGGUUUAUUAUUAUCUGAUUUAACUACAAUACUUGAUAUACAGAACCCACAAUUACAUUCUAAAAUCAUAGAUAUGUUAAAAAAUUUACUAACAAGCCACGACUUGGAUGAACGUUAUUCAUCUGUAGAAUGUCGUGCUCGUGUUGCAGUUUUAUAUUUACCAUUGUUAACAAUUGUUAUGGAUUCAUUAUCAAUAUUAUAUUAUAAUAAUAAUCAUAAUUACAACAUAGUUACAUACAACAAUGAUCAUAACAGUCAUCAUGAUUCAAGUGGUAAUAGUAUUAAUCAAUUUGUUGCAAUGGCUAUUGCUGGUACACACAAUAAUAAAGGUACAACUACGGCGGCAGUUACAACAGAUUCUACAUCAACCUAUCAUCAACAGAAUAGAAAAUUACAAUUAAAUGCAGAAGUGACACGCAAUUUGUUAAUAUGUUUCUUAUGGGUUAUUAAAAAUAUUGGACAAGAUGUAUUGACACAAUGGUUAAAUGAAUUAACAUCAUCGCGAUUACAAAAUUUGUUACAAGUAUUACAUGUUUGUAUUACAUGCUUUGAAUAUAAGGGUAAAAAAGAAUUGAAACGUUGUACACAACAAAAUUAUCGUAAAACAAUCGAUAUUAAGUCACGUUUAGAAGAUGUAAUACUUGGGCAAGGUUCUGCACGCUGUGAGAUGAUACAACGUCGUAACAAAGAUAAAUUACCAAUACAAUCAUCAUCAAAUGAUAAUAUAAAUAGUAGUGAUAAGUUACGUUGGCGUAAAGAACAAAUGAUUUAUCGUAGCUCACAAAUUGAUCGUGAACAAUCUGAAAGAAUAACACAAGAAUAUAUUGAAAUGGAUUCAUUAAUUGAAGGUACAUUAUCAAAUGAAACAAGUUUAAUUAUAUUGGAUUGCAUUGAGCGUAUUGUAACAGUAAUACAACAAACGUCAUUGAUUCACACACAAUCAAUAUAUUUUAAUAAUUACAUGUCAAUUGAUCAACAGCAUACAAAUAAUAUUAUCACGUUGUUAAAAGUGUUGUUACAUGGUUUAGCCUGUAAUCAAAGCACAAAUGUAUUGCAGCAUAUGUUUGCGACACAGCGUUCAUUAGUGUUUAAAUUUCAUAAUAUAUUAUUCGACGAUGAAAAUGAAUUAUGCGCAGAUUUAUGUUUAUUAUUACUGCGACAUUGUGGUUCUUAUAUGAUCGCAGUACGUGCCCAAGCUGCAGCAUCAUUAUAUUUAUUAAUGCGGCAAACAUUUGAAAUUGGUAAUAAUUUCGCACGUAUUAAAAUGCAAGUAACAAUGUCAUUAAGUUCAUUAGUUGGUACCAAUGCACGAUUUAGCGAAGAAUCUUUGCGAUGUUCUCUAAAAACGAUCUUAGAGUAUGCAGAAAAUGAUUUGAAUUUACAAGAAACUACAUUCCCUGAACAAGUUCGAGAUCUAGUCUUUAAUUUAUAUAUGAUUCUUUCUGAUACCGUUAAAAUGAAAGAAUUCCAAGAGGAUCCAGAAAUGUUAUUAGAUUUAAUGUACCGUAUAGCAAAAGGCUAUCAAAAUUCACCAGAUUUACGACUUACGUGGCUGGCGAAUAUGGCCCAAAAACAUAUGGAACAUAAUAAUCAUUCAGAGGCUGCCAUGUGUUUAAUACACUCUGCGGCUUUAGUAAGCGAAUAUAUUACAAUGCAAGAAUCAUUAACACAUUUACCUAUUGGAGCUGUGACGUUUGAGAAAGUUUCACCAAAUGUACUGUAUGAAAGUGCGGUCUCAGAUGAUGUGUUAAGUCCAGAACAUGAAGGUAUUUGUUUAGGAUCACAUUUCACUGAAGCGGGUUUACUUGGUUUGUUGGAACAUGCAGCAAGUUCAUUUUAUACAGCUGGAAUGUAUGAAGCCAUGAACGAUGUGUAUCGGAUUUGUAUACCCAUUGCGGAACAUAAUCGGGAUUUUAAGAAAUUAGCAAAUAUUCAUGGUAAAUUACACGAAGCCUAUACACGUAUCGAACAAUUGCAUGGUAAACGUGUAUUUGGUACAUAUUUUCGUGUUGGAUUUUAUGGCUCUAAAUUUGGAGAUUUAAAUCAAGAAGAGUUUAUAUAUAAAGAACCAACACUAACAAAACUACCAGAAAUAUUCAGUCGUUUAGAAAACUUUUAUGCAGAACGUUUUGGUUCGGAUAAUAUUAUAAUUAUCCAAGAUUCAAAUAUUGUGGACGUGGCACAAUUAGAUCCACAAAAAGCUUAUAUUCAAAUUACCUAUGUCGAACCAUAUUUUGAAUCCUAUGAACUACGUUAUCGUCAUACUCACUUCGAGAAGAAUUUUAACAUUAAACGUUUUGUUUAUGCUACACCAUUUACAUUGUCUGGUAGACCACAUGGAGAAUUGCACGAACAGUAUAAGCGAAAAACUAUAUUAACUACGGCAAUGUAUUUCCCAUAUGUGAAAACUCGAAUCCAAGUUGUGGAUCGUAAACAAAUUGUGUUGACACCAAUUGAAGUGGCGAUUGAAGAUAUACAAAAGAAGACUAUGGAAUUAGCACAAGCUACACAACAAGAGCCACCUGAUACUAAAAUCUUACAAAUGGUUUUACAAGGAUGUAUUGGUACAACUGUAAAUCAAGGUCCAAUGGAAAUGGCACAAGUAUUUUUAUCGCCAAAUAAAACGAAUAAUACAUCAUCUGUGUCGACAAUGAUGACUGAUAGUGGAGCUAACACUAAUACAUCUUCUACAUCACCUUCAACAAAUCGUAUAUUAACAAAACAUCAAAAUAAGUUACGUUUAUGCUUCAAAGAUUUUAGUAAAAAAUGUUUGGAUGCUUUGAAAAAGAAUAAAAAUUUAAUUGGUCCCGAUCAACGUGAUUAUCAACGUGAAUUGGAACGUAAUUAUCAUCGAUUUACUGAACGUUUACAACCGUUAAUUAAUAUUCAUCCCAAUCAUGUUCAACAUCAUCACCAUCAUCAUCAUCGGUCUACAUCUUCGUCUACGGCCACAAACAAUACAACAGCAACCUCAACGGCGAAUGCGAAUACGACUCCCUUGCGUUGGUGAAAAUUAAUUCAAUUUAAAAAGAAACAAGCUACUACGAAAGAGGAUACGAUAGAGAGAAGUGUUGAAUAAUGAUAACAAGAAGGAACACUAUUGUAAAACAAAUUAAAAUUUUGUCCAUCUGAAAACUUUUUUGACUGGAUUCAAUCGUUUUUAUAUUUCAUUUUUAUUGAAACAUGCUUAGAGCAAACUAUCCAAAAGAUACUGUGUUUCCAUGUAUUCGGGAAUAAUAUCUACUAAAUAAUCAGAUCUCUAGAAUUUUAACUUUAAAGAAAAAAUUUCAUUCAAAUAAAUUAAGUAUCUUCUUUUAAAAAUGGAAAAAAGUAUUUUGAGCUCAAUAUUUUUACAUGUUGGCAUGGGUUUUAUUAAAUGCCCUUAGAAAUGACUUUACAUUAUUAUUCUCUGGAGACAUCAUUCUCUGAAGUGUCAAGAUAUUGUGUGUCAUUAGAAAGUGGAAUAAUCAAAACUUUAAAACCAUGUUUUAAAUUUCCUCUCUAUCUUCUUUUUGUUAAAAAUAUUUUCGAUUAAAUUGAAAUCAGUGAGAAAUAGAUCAAUGAUAAUUUCAAUUAUUAUUAAAUAAAUAAAUAAUUGAAUGCGCCUUAAUUAUAUAGGCCUUUAAAUAGUAUUUAAAUAUACUGAGUGGGUCAUUUUAAUCUAAACACCUAAAUAUCUCGUUUUGUAGUUAACCAAUCAAAAAAUAACUUGAACAAAAGUUGCAGAGUUUGAUGAGGGACAUCAUGUUCGGACAUCAGAUUCAACCUAGUUCUUCAUGGUUCUUUAAUAGCCAAUUUAUUGCAUUUAAUCGAAAGAAAACAUGCUAACUACGAUAAAUAUAGGACAUUCGC